AUAAGUCAGACUUCACGGCUGCAGUUGCAGUACAUGGACCUGAGAUAGCAGAUAGUAGCCUUCGCGGCUACAGAAGCAGUGCAGCUAUAGCAAUACUAGUACUAGAUAUCUUUUUCUAUGUUCGGCAACUGCAAGCAAUGCAAAGACCAU